AUGGCAGUACAAAGUAAGAUACAGCUUUCGUCUGAAAUUCUUAAUAUAGCUUAUUCCCACGCCAUUUUUGUAAAGAAAAUUCACAUAUACAGUUUUGUUUCAACAGGAUGUGGAACUGUGGUAAAUAACACACUCAAAAGUCCUGGAUAUCCCGAAGAUUACCCAAACAAUAUGGACUGUAUUUAUACUAUUCACAUUCCACCACGCAUGAAGGUUAAAUACGAGUUUAAGUAUUUUAAACUGGAAGAUCCUGAUCAUGAUAAAAUGUGCAGCUAUGACUACUUGCAAAUCGUUAUUAAACCAAAAGUGGAAGAAAAACUAUGCGGUAAUAAGACUGGAUCAACUGGUGAGCUUUCAGCAGCUGAAACCGACAGGUACGUGGAGUUGACGUUCCACACAGACAACAAAAAUACAGACAAAGGAUUCCAUUUAGCCUACCUUAUGCUUCAAAGUGGUAAGUACCAUGGGAAUUAAAACGCGUAAUAAUACCAUAUUUCAGGCCUUUUAACUUUUUAAAAUAUGAACCAUGAUUCGACCAGGUAUAAGAAUCAGGAUAAGCGAUAUAACUACCGAAUAGACAUCACAGUACAACUUCUGGUAUACAGUGCUAUGCAAUGUACAAAAGACCAUGUGGAUAGUCUGGAUAGUAGUCUGUGAGCAGGCUCACCUUUGCGCCACGCGCGCGAGCGGCGAGCAGCAAAGCGA